AUGAAUCGUUCAGCUGUAAUACCCUUUCGACACCCAGCUGCCGAAAGCACGAGGACUGGGAUACUGCCAGUUUGUUCAAGGCUAGACAGGGGAACUCAAGAUGCAGAGGUUGGGUUCGAACCAAGGACCUUCCAGUCAGUAAAUUCGCGCUCCAACCAUUGGGCCAUUUUGUGCCAUUUACUCUGCGUAAACCCGAUGGAAGGUCGUAGGGCGUUCAUUUUAAUUUUUGAAGUUUCAGCAGUGUGGGAAAAAUUUCGCGGCGUGGGAACAAGAGGAAAUAAGAGUCCAUUUCACAUAGAUGUGGAACACCUGCAGAUGGUCAUUCCAAAACAAUCGACGGGAAUGCAAAUGUCAAAACUCAAGCAUACCACAUGUAGUACCCUAUUAGGACUGGAGAGUACAGGUAUGCUUCAUGUCAUCAUCAUCAUCAUCGACAGCAUGACAUCAGUGUUCAACACCGAUGCUUCACUGCCGUACAACCAUGACCUAUUCGAAAGCCUUAUUGCAAAGAAAAGAAUGAAGAUAUUCACUCAGGCAAUCUGGACAGAAACUGAAAACAAGAACGCCAUUGACAUCGGUUGGCAGCCAUAUCUUGUAGUGUCUCCAACCAGGCACAGUGAGGAUCAUGCGGUCCCAAUCCUGGAAGGCGAGUAG